GGAGCAUCUUGGCUGCGGUGUUUUUGUCUCCGUCAGUGAGCGCUCCUCCUGGGCCGCUGAAAGGAUAUCCAGAGAGCAGGUGCUGACUGUAAGAGUGCAAGAGAAGGAAGGGAGAGCAAGGAGCCUGGGGAGGAGAGAUCCCGUCCUUGCAGCGCAAGCAGCUGGUGAGAGUUGGUGGGUGACUGUUUGAAAAGCAGCCACAGGCUCAUUAUGGCUCAGGUGCUGCAUAUGGACCCCGGCUUCCCAGGCAAACUCAACCCGCCUGCUCCCCCCUCGCUGCACGGCAAAGAACAGGAGGCGCCCUACUCAGUGGAGACCCCCUAUGGCUACCGUCUGGACCUGGACUUCCUCAAAUAUGUUAACGACAUAGAGAAGGGAAACACAAUCAAGAAGGUACCCAUCCAACGCCGGCCACGCUAUGGCUCCCUGCCCCGUGGCUAUGGCUACACCGGGUCCUGGUGGACCUCCACCGAGUCUCUGUGCUCCAACACCAGCAUGGACAGCCGACACUCCUCCUACUCUUACUGCGCCCCAGGCUACCACACGACGCAGAGGCCCAGCUUCAGCAGUGCCCGGGUGGAGAAGACCCUGUUGGAUGCACGCAGGAAGCUGGAGGAGGAGAAAGAGGGGCGGAGAUACUCCAACCUGGGCAGCAUGCACAGCAGCAUGGCAGGCUCUAACACCUCGCUCAGCAGUGCACACAGCUUCAACCGAGCCCAUGGUGGAGGCGGAUCCUACACCCCAUUGAGUUCUGGCCUGUCCACGCCAGUGACCCCGACUCCAGCCCACCUGCAGCACGUCAGGGAGCAGAUGGCCACGGCCCUCAGGAAGAUAAGGGAGCUUGAGGAGCAGGUGAAGACCAUCCCUGUGCUGCAGGUCAAAAUCUCUGUGCUGCAGGAGGAGAAACGCCAGCUCAGCGUCCAGCUGAAGAGCCAGAAGUUCUUGGGUCAUAGUCUGAGUUUCAACCGAGGUCGUCCCAGAGGCGAGCUCUACAUCGACAUCCCUGAAGAAGAGGUGAUAACCGGGGCAAAGAGCAGCAACAAGCCACUGUCACCCACCACACCCGACGGCUCCAAGCUUCAGGAUUCUGGGUGUGAGAUUGAGGACACGGUCAUUGUUGGUGGAGCGCGACCGGAUGCAAAGCGGGAAGUGCGCACCAUUGGAGUGGGACCAGAGGUCUUGAGGGGCAGUCGUCACGUGGGAGUCGGUGUUUGGGAGGAGGAUUUGGGGCUGCUGCCAGAGACAAAGGCUCUGAGGAAUCAAGUGGGUCAGCUUGAGGGCCAGCUAAAGAGGACUGUGCAGGAGCUGCAGGAUGCGCAGCAGCAGGCUGCAGCAGUCCAGAAGGCCCCUCAGGCAGAGCAUCCAGUCAUGGCUACCAGCGUCGGGUGGCAGGAGCCACAAGGCUGCAGCCUGCACACUCUGGUCAGCUUCACACAGCUGCCCCAACAGAGGGAACAGAGGACUGUGGGAAUCCAGGUGUACACAGUCGAGCAGCCCACUGUGGUGGAGGUGGGCACACUGCUCCGAGCCGAGAUCUGCAGCUCCCCUUCCCUUCAGCAAGCGGGUGGACUCGUGGAGGGCCACCACAGAGGACAAGCUGAAGAUGCUCCAGUUGAGCUGCCGAUUGCUGUCAGCUCCAAGCAGGUGCGCGAUGUCCUAAAGAGCGAGUUGUCCACUUCGGUGCCGGUAGCUAAACCCGCCGUUGCUGUAGGCACCUCUGGUAAUCAGAUCAGUUUGUUGCAUUCAAGAGAAGAAGAGACGGGCGUGCAAACAUCCCCAGAGGCUGUCCAGUCACAAGAAGGCCCUAAGACAGCCUCAUCUCCCCAGUCUUCUCUGAGGUCCAUUAUGAAGCGGAAAGCCGAAGGUGAACCAGGAUCUCCCUCUACGAAGAAGAACCUCCAGUUCAUUGGAGUCAAUGGAGGCUACGAGUCCACAUCAUCAGACGACAGCAGCAGCGAGAGCUCGGAUGAGGGGAGUGACUCCAGCGAAUAUCAUGAAGCCAGAGAAAAACUGCCGGACUCAGCGGCACAGCAACAGAAAACAACCCACAGCAAGGCUCUCCAGCCUCCAGAAAGCAACAGUGUACCUCAACAGACUGCCGUCAAGCCACGAGCCGAGUCACACCAGAGUCCCAAUCAAUCUGCAACUGGAGACACAAAACUGCCAGACAAAGCCCUCCAGUCACCAGCAACAGACACUGCCUCCGACUCCUCUCCAAGUCCUCCAUGUCCAGCAAACGAAGCUGCCGCUAACGAGACUGUCGACCGGCCAUCGCAAAAGCGCACAGUCACCCAGGAGAUCACCUCCACAUCAUCAAGCACUGAAUCCACUCCUGAACAAAGCUCCGUCACCUGCUCUUCAUCGCUGUGUGUCACUAAAACCACUGAGAUUACCACGCAGCAGUUCACCGUCCAGUCAGACACAACCGUCCUCUCCAGCCAAUCGGAGCCGAAGCCAGCAGCUGAAAGCCUUACGAAGGACACUGCCACCGUAUCAGCCAAGCAAGUCAGACUGGACCUGAGUGACAGCCUGAUGUCAACUCUUCAUGCCCUGCAGAAAGCCCUGGGGGAACCCAACGCCUUCAGCCAGCAAGGAGCAAGGGCAGCCUACACCACCGUGCUGCAGGAGUGGCUGCGCGUGUCCUGUCACAAAGCAGCGGACACGGCUGUCGUCGAGGCCUAUAUGAACACCUUCGCCUCAGUCUCCCCUCAGCUGCUGGAGUUUGUGAUCAACAUGGCAGACGGCAACGGGAAUACAGCGCUUCACUACACCGUCUCCCACUCCAACUUCCCCGUGGUGAAACGGCUGCUGGACACUGGCCUGUGUAAUGCUGACAAGCAGAACAAGGCGGGCUACACGGCCAUCAUGCUGACAGCGCUGGCCGCAUUCCACUCUGACAAUGAUCUCCAGACCGUCCUGCAGCUGCUGCGCACAGGGGACGUCAACGCCAAGGCCAGCCAGGCUGGUCAGACUGCGCUGAUGCUCGCGGUCAGCCACGGUCGAGGGGACAUGGUGCGGGCGCUGCUGUCCUGUGGGGCACAGGUCAACAUCCGUGAUGACGACGGCUCCACGGCACUCAUGUGUGCGUGUGAACACGGUCACGUGGACAUUGUGCGUCAGCUACUGUCUGUGCCGGGCUGUGAUGCGACUCUCACUGACAAUGACGGCAGCACAGCUCUGUCCAUCGCCCUGGAGGCCAGCCAGAACGACAUUGCAGUGCUUCUGUAUGCUCACCUCAACUUUGCAAAGCCUCCUUCCCCUGUGUCACCGAAGUCUCCUCUCUUGGGUUCCUCUCCUCCUGCCGGUGAAACCAAAUAAAGCCUCCUGCAGCCAAUCCACAGUAACUACUCAUACUACAGCGUGAUUUUUUUUUUUUUAAAUCUUUGUAGCUACGGCAAACAAUGGGUUUGUGUGUGUGCGCGUUUGUUUUCACCCUCCAUAGUUUAAGUGCAUUAUAAUGUGCAGAUAAUUACUACAGCUUCCACCAUUGUUAUCCGUUUCUUUUUGUACACUGUGGUCUUUUUUUUUAAUCACAGUGGUGGUUGAAAACAUGGAUUUCUUGUGUGUUACAAUCUGAAGAACUGAACAUCUAGCGGCUGUUUAGACACCAGUCUAGUCAUGCAGUGAUCCAGUUAUCAGCACGGGUUUUAGCGGCACUUACAAGUCCAAACUGUUCACUGAGUUUCGUUAUAGGGUUCAUUAUAAUACACUUUUUAGUUUUACUCCAUAUGAAUGUCAUGUUAGUUGCUUUAUAGAGCGAUGUGUUUUCAUUGUAAUGUGUACAAUAGCAUUGCCACAGUAGCAUCAUUAUGUGUGUGACCAUCACAGUCAUCUGGAAUAACAAAAGCCACUUAUGGAUAAGUGUCCUUGCACCAAGUAGGUCAUUGGUGCUACAAAAAUCUAACUUCAAAUAUAUCAAUGUUUAUACACAAGAUUUAUUAAGUCUGGAGUAUUUUUGAUAUUGAUUUUUUCAAAUUUUUAAUUAAUUCAGCACCUUCAAGGAUCAAAUUUUUUUAUUUCCCAAACAACGGUGAAAUUAUUUCACCUUUUUAACCAGAGGACAGACAUUUUUUUUCUACGGCGACUACAUUUCUCAAAAUAAAACCCAAAGACAUGUAUCUUAUCAGCUCUGUGACACUGUAUAUUGUGGUGAUAAUGGUAACACAGGCCGAGCAUCAGUGUGACGGAAGAAAGAGGGCAACAUUAUUCUCUGAAGGCGACGGGACUGUGCUGUUUGUAUUUUUGUACGUGACGGUAUUUGGGAUGGUAGUAAGGAAAGAUUAGAGUGUUUCUGUGUUUGUAAUAUUCUGUGCUUUUAAGAUUUAACGAGACUUUGUUGAGAAAUGACUGAAAGCACUGGUGUAGCCACCUCUGUGGUCAUGCUGGUGAGAUAUGUCAGGGGACCAGGAAGUGUCUGAUUGGGGUGCCGUGUAAGAUGUGAAUAUCAAAAUAAUAUAUGUCAAUAUAAACUGCUAGUUAUUAUGCCUAAAAUCUAAUUCCUCGAACAAAAGUGCAUAGGCUAUUGAUGUCCAAAUUUAUAUUACUUUUUAAAGACUUUUUCACAAUUUUCAUAUUCACUUUUGAGCAAUUGAAUUUUUAUAAACUUUUGUUUUUUUUAAUUUAUCUAUCUUUUUAUACAUUUGGAACUUUUAAGCUCACGCCUACUUUAUGUAAUCGCACAGCUAUUUUCUUUUAUGAAGGUUUAUGUAAAAUGGUAGACUGUGUUUCUCCUCUUCCAAUUUGUGGAUUUUGAAAAAACAAUGAAUUAAUAAAUGUGGACCACACUGUU